CACUUCCUGUUUGGAGUAGACUCCCAUUUUUUUUUACUUCAUAUAAAUAUUUAAUUAUUGUGGCUAUUAAUAUACUUUUAUUUAGAAAUAAUAAUAAUAAUUAUACAAUUUUUUAUUUUUUAAUUUUAAUUUUUGAUUUUCUUUAGUGUCGAAACAAUUUUCUUUAUAAAUGAAAAUUGUCUUUAGAGUAUUUUUCAUUAAGGCAUGGCUGAUACAGGAAUGAGCUUGGAUGACAUAAUUAAAAAAUCAAAACCAUCAGCAAUGAGAGGCAGAGGAAAUCGUCAUGGAACAAUACCAACGAGAGGUCGUGGAAUUACACAAAAUAGAGGCGCUCGUGUUAAUGGAUCAAUUCGUGGACGUGGAAAUGGAGGUGUUACGGAUGCUAGAUUUAAAAUAAUUCAAAAAAAUCGAUUAAAAAUGACUGAUGCACGUGAUAAAUUAGCACAAAUUGCUAAACAAAGUGAUGCACGAUUGAAAAUUGAUAAAUUACGUGCGACACAAUUAAAGAAAAUCGAUCCAUUUUUAUCGAUUGCAAGAAAAACAGGUCGCAAUGGUAGAAUUUCACUUUCAACAAAUAAAUUAUCACAAUUCAAUGAUAUUUCUCAUAAUGUGCCAAAUACUUAUGUACAAUCGCCAAGGAGAACUGUUGGAUAUAGAUCACCAUUGGAACCACAUUAUGUUGAUAACAUAUCAAUCGAUUAUGAUGAUGAAUUUAUAAUGGAUUCACCGCCAUUAAGACGAACUGUUAAUAAUGAAUAUGCACCUUCACUUCCACCUCCGCCUCCGGUUUUUAAUAUUAAACCAGCAACACCAUAUACGUGGGUUAAACCAUCGGGUUCAUUAGGAAAAAAUUCAAUAGUCAGAAAACAAGAAUCAGAGAGACCAAGGGACUUUAAAGUUAUUGCUCACAAUUCAAUGGUGAAACAUGAUAAUUCGUAUAAGGAAGAUUGGUCAUUUGGAUCAAAAUCAAGAAUCAUUCUGUCGGAUAAUGCUGGCGAUGGAAAAUAUUAUGAUUCUAGAAAUCAUAGGGAAGUUGGAAUAAAAGCACGACUCGACACAUCACCUGUUAAAUCGAGAAAUACUGGAAUGCUUCAGCAAAAAAUGAUAACAACACACACCACAGGAUAUCGAAUUGUAGUAUCAAAUUUACAACCAAAUGUCACUCAAGAAGAUAUUAAGGAACUCUUCGAAGAUGUUGGAGAACUUCUUGUGUCUCGAUUAGUGCGUCCUGGUACUGCAGAAGUUAUUUAUAAGACUUUAAAAGAUGCAACAAAAGCAGUUGAGACGUAUCACAAUAGACAACUUGAUGGUCAUCCUAUGAAAUGUUUAUUGGUUAAUGCAAGACCAAGAAACAAUCCUACUGGACCGGCAAUCAGACCAUUAACAGAAUCUAGAAGAGGUACUGGUUAUGUUCAACCUAGUUUAGGAGCAGUUCACAGGGCGUUAUUUGAAGAUUAAAAAUCGCAAAAAAAGUGCUUUUUAUCUAUUUUUUUUCUUUAAUUUAAAAAAAAAGUAAAUUUAUCAAUACAUUUUUUUAAAAUAUAAUUUACAGCAAAGAACAUCAAAAACUUUAGCUGUAUAUAACAUAUACAUAAAUUUGUUUAUAUCAACAUUUUUCAUUAAUUUAUAUCAAGACAAUAUUUUAGUUCAGGGAAUUAUGAGAUUUCUUAAUAGCAGAAGAAAAAAAAAAAUUAUCAAUUUAGAUCUAGUUUUAAAAUACUUUUUUGAUUUAUCAUAUAAGAACAAAGAAAAUUUGCCAUUCGUAAUAUAAUAAUUUAAUGAUUAUAUUUCCAUGUACUAAUUUUACAACAUUUGAAAUUAAUCACUAUAAUUAGUUUUUAAUGUAUUUCUUUUGCAUAUAAAUAUUUAUGUAAAAUUCAAUUUUUUUGUUUGAAAAAAAAAAAAAUCUUUUAUUAGUUACAUUAUAAAUCUAAUGUUGGAAAUAAAGUAAAAAAUGAAAAUAAAAUUAUUUGGAUUUA